GCUAUAAUCAACCGCCAAUAACGCAAAGUGCAGUGCUAAAGAUCCCAAGUUUCAAUCUAGUUCCAUCUUAAAGAUGUCUGUCGUGCCAAUGCUGUUCCGUGACUGGUGGGAGGACUUUGACACACCGCUGCGUUCGUCGCGCCUGCUGGAUCAACAUUUCGGCACCGGAUUACGUGCCGACGAUCUGUUCUCGUCCUUCUCGACUUCAUUCCCAUCGCGCACCGUGGCUCCGAUUGCUCCCUCAGUACUGCGCGGUGGCUACUACCGUCCGUGGCGUAACACCGCGCUCGCACGCCAAGAUUCCGGUUCCACGCUCAACCUCGAUAAGGACCGCUUCCAGAUCAUUCUGGACGUGCAGCAGUUCACACCGGAAGAGAUCACUGUCAAGACGCUGGACCGAUGCAUCGUGGUCGAGGGAAAGCACGAGGAGAAGCAGGACGAGCAUGGAUUCGUUUCGCGUCACUUCACCCGCCGCUACAUGCUACCCGGUGAUCACGAUCCGAACGAUGUCGUCUCGACGCUCUCCUCCGAUGGUGUGCUAACGGUAACCGCACCGAAGAAGGCACUGCCAGCACCGAACCCGGAACGUAGCGUUCCGAUCAAACAGACCGGUGUACCGGCGAAGGAGAAACCCGACCAGCAGCUACAGCAAUCGCAGGCCCAAAACGUGCCCGUGGAGCAGACGAAAUGAGGCGAGAUACGAACGGAGGAUCGAACAGGAUCCUUUAAUCCCCAGGAGUAUUAGCGACCGAAGCGGAACUGAUUGUCGUACAAUAAAGCAUAAAUCUAUUUUUUCUACCUUU